AUGUUCUUGACAAGAUCCGAGUAUGAUCGAGGUGUGAAUACCUUCUCCCCAGAGGGCCGAUUGUUUCAAGUUGAAUAUGCCAUGGAGGCUAUCAAGCUCGGUUCAACAACAGUUGGAAUAACUACACCUGAAGGAGUCAUCUUAGCAGUUGAAAAAAGAGUACAGUCACCUUUAAUAGAAUCUUCCUCAAUUGAGAAAAUUAUGGAAGUCGACUCACAUAUCGGUACCGCAAUGUCAGGAUUGACAGCAGAUGCAAGAACAAUGGUGGAACAUGCUCGAGUAACCUCUCAGAUGCAUAAUUUCACCUAUGACGAGAAGAUCGGAGUGGAAAGUUGUACUCAAGCAGUUUGUGAUUUAGCUCUUAGAUUUGGUGAAAGUGUCGAAGACGAUGACGCUUUGAUGUCUCGACCGUUCGGUGUCGCUCUUCUCAUCGCAGGUAUAGACGAAAAAGGACCCCAAUUAUAUCAUACCGAUCCUUCAGGUACAUUCGUUCGAUAUGACGCCAAGGCAAUUGGAUCAGGUUCUGAUGCGGCUCAACAAUCAUUACAAGACGCCUUCCACAAGCAAAUGACUUUGGUAGAAGCUCAUUCUCUCGCCCUGAAAGUAUUGAAAGAAGUUAUGGAAGAGAAAUUGGAUGAAAAUAAUGUUCAACUUGCUCAAGUAACGCCAGCAAAAGGAUUCGAGAUCUUAGGUGAAACUGAGCUGAAAGCUGUGAUCGAGACUCUCGCCGCAUAA